AUGGAGCCUGCCACGCCACACAGCCUCCCAGAUCGCUCCAGGGAACAGACCGCUCCUACAACAGCAGUCCCAUUUGACGUCCCUCGAGACAGUGAAAACCCGUACUCUACCAAGGAGCCUGCAGCCGAGCCAUCCUGGCAGCCAAGACUUGAUCGUCGACAGAGCUGGAGCGACCAGGAUCGCAAGCAUGAACUGCAGGAGAGACUGCUGGAUAUGGAGGCCGGCCGAGAACUAGGGUUUUCGGAAAAGCAUGAGGGAAAGCCAGAGUAA